UACAGAGUAGAUCAGUAAACUACACCAGAAUGAUGGCCCUCAGAGGUCAGCAUCUCAGCAUCCUGUCGGCCAUCUUGUAGUGGGAGGACAGAUUGAUGCGGUGACACGCGGAAUGUUUGGUGCUACCAGGAAGAAGUUCAUGGAGGGGGGGAUCGAGAGCGAGUACGCUUCGGACGACUCCAGCCUCUACUACAACCACACGUCCAUGUUCGCUCCUCACCGGGCCGACAAAGACAUGCUGUCGUCUUCCUCCUCAUCCACUCAGCUGUCGCAGCUGGGAGCCAGUUUAUACGCCCCACAGAGCGCUCUGGGUUUCCCCAUCCGUGGCAUCAACAGCAGCGCGGCGCCGCAGCUCAGUCGAAGCUCGCUGACCCAACCCGCCGGCCAGCUCUCCAAUCACACCAGUACUCCCAACUCCGGCCCGCUGCACACGCCCUCGUCGCCCAACAGGGCCUCCAUCAUGCCCCUAACCAGCAGCCGCAGCGUUCUGAACCACAACCAGCAGGUGGGCGGUCCCACGGGGCAGACGGGCGGAGGAGAGCGAGGCGGCGGCGGCACGGGGCGGAGCGGCACCAUGGGGAGUCCCAGCAGGUCGUCUCCCAGCAUCAUCGGCAUGCCCAAGCAGCAGGCGCGGUUCUCCUUCAACAGGAAUCCAGGCUUCAACAUGAGCAACUCCUUAACCAGCAACAUUUUCAACGGCACAGACGGCAGUGAGAAUGUGACGGGGUUGGAUCUGUCCGACUUCCCGGCGUUGGCGGACCGGAGCCGGAGAGACGGGAGUUCGAACCCGACCCCGCAGCUGAACCCGCUGGCCGGCCGGGCGCCCUACGGUAACACACAGACGAUACAGAACAUCCUUGGCAUGGUAACCAAGCCAUCCAGCGAACAGUCGCAGGACUUUUCAAUUCAUAAUGAAGAUUUCCCAGCUCUCCCUGGUCCAAACUACCAAACUAAAGAUCCCAGCAGCGACGACAAAACGAACCUGAACUCGUCGGGAAAGACGUCUUCGAGCGCCGACGGUCCCAAGUUCCCCGGCGAUAAAAGCUCGGCUCCGAGCAACAACAACCAGCAAAAGAAAGGCAUCCAGGUUCUUCCCGAUGGCCGAGUGACCAACAUUCCCGUCGGCAUGGUAACGGACCAGUUCGGAAUGAUCGGCUUGUUGACGUUCAUCCGGGCGGCAGAGACGGAUCCCGGCAUGGUUCACCUAGCGCUGGGCUCAGACCUCACCACACUGGGCCUGAACCUCAACUCACCUGAGAAUCUGUAUCCUAAGUUUGCGUCUCCGUGGGCGUCGGCGCCGUGUCGGCCGCAGGACAUCGACUUUCACGUCCCGUCAGAGUAUCUAACCAACAUCCACAUAAGGGACAAGCUAGCAGCCAUCAAGUUGUCUCGGUACGGUGAAGAUCUGCUGUUUUAUCUCUACUACAUGAACGGAGGAGAUCUGCUCCAGCUGCUGGCUGCAGUAGAACUUUUUAACCGGGACUGGCGGUAUCAUAAAGAGGAGCGGGUUUGGAUAACGCGGGCGCCUGGGAUGGAGCCCACGUUAAAGACCAACGCCUACGAAAGAGGGACCUACUACUUCUUUGAUUGUCUCAACUGGAGGAAGGUUGCCAAGGAGUUUCAUCUUGAAUAUGACAAACUAGAAGAGCGACCUCAUGUUCCCUCCACUUUCAACUACAAUCCUGCCCAGCAGGCCUUCUGAUUGGCUCUCCCUCCUUCCUGACUGCCUGCCAUUGGCCCUCCUGGCUCAUCAGUCCCGCCCCUGGAGGUUUUCCCUCCUCCGCCACUCACAUGAAUCUGGCCUGUAAGGACUCAGGACGGUGCCCACCUCUCUGACAGACUUCAUCAUUUUACCUUUUUCUCUUUUAUGUUUGUCUUUUACCUCAUUUCUGUUUUUGGUUUAUUCCUGCUUCUUCUCCAUGACUUGUUUUGGUCUGAUGAGAGAAACAGACAGAGCUGGUAACAAUUGUCCAUCUGGUCGACUCACACACUGACUGUUGUUUUCUAAAGAAGCUUUUAUGGAGAAACAGGUUUUAACAGAGAAAACUGGGUUUACUCGCCCGUCAGGAUGGAGAAUUUUUCACUCUGUGGUGCAGAAGAAGCUGAAAAUAUUUUUCAUUUUUACCAGAAUUACAGAUCAGGACACACAUCACCACUCAGUGGGCAAUCAGGAGACAAAAUGCAAUGUACAUUGUAGCACUAUUUCAUAAUAAAAGAGAAAAUAUAUAUA